AAUUACAGAUAUAAAUAGCACCUUCCUGUUGUGCUUCCCACAGGAGGCUAUCCGUGUGCUCUGAACAGAACUCCCAGCCAAGAGCCCAAGCUAUCAAAUUUCUCAUCAGCUUCUAGCCAUGGAAGCCACCGGAUCCCACCGACCUCAUCUCGCCGUCCUCCCAACUCCCGGAAUGGGUCAUCUCUUCCCCCUCGCAGAACUGGCCAAACUCCUCGUCCAACGCUAUAACUUCAGUGUAACUUUCAUCACCUUCGCCGCCUCUGACAACAAAGCCACUCAAAACUUCCUCAACACCCUGCCCUCCAGCAUCACCUCCAUCUCCCUCCCCUCCGUUCCCCUCGACGACCUUCCUCCCGACGCCAGAAUAGAAACCCGAAUGUCCAUCGUCUCCAUCCGCUCACUCCCCGCCCUCCGCUCCAUCUUGGUCGAACUCCAACGUUCCACCAAUCUCGUCGCCUUCCUUGCCGACUUCUUCGCCACAGAUGGCUUCGAAAUAGCCCGCGAUCUGGGUAUCCUGUACUACAUGUUCAUCCCCACCAACCUCCAGUUCCUCACACUCAUGCUCGAGCUCCCUGCUCUCAACGCCGCCGUCAACUGCCCUUAUCAGGAUCUCAAAGAACCAAUAAAACUUCCAGGCUGCAUUCCGAUUCCAGGACCAGAGAUCCUCACUCCUUUAAGAGAUCGUUCAAACGACGCCUACAAAUGGAUGCUUCACCACGCCGCGCUUUAUCGGCAGGCUCAAGGGAUUUUAGUCAAUAGCUUCUCUGCGAUUGAGGCCGAGUCGGCGAAGUUGCUUGCUGAGAAGGAGGAGGGGCGACCGCCGGUUUACCCUGUGGGGCCGAUGAUAAAGGCUAGUUCGGCUGGCGGGUCUUCCCCAUGCUUAAACUGGCUUGACGAGCAGCCGCAGGGGUCGGUUCUUUUCGUGUCCUUUGGAAGCGCGGGAACUCUAACAAGGAAGCAGCUUGGGGAGCUUGCGAUGGGGCUUGAAGCCACCAAGCAAAGAUUCCUGCUUGUGGUGCGAAGCCCCUGUGAUGAGGACUCUUCGUCCACUUACUUCACCGCGCACACGAAAGAAAACCCUCUGUUUUACUUACCCGAGGGGUUUUUGGAACGCACGCAAGGCGUUGGAUUUGUUGUGCCAUCAUGGGCGCCGCAGAUUGAGGUUCUCGCGCACCCUGCAACGGGUGGGUUUUUAUCGCACUGUGGAUGGAACUCGACGCUGGAGAGCGUGACGCACGGCGUGCCCAUGAUUGCUUGGCCAUUGUUCGCUGAACAGUCAAUGAAUGCUGUGAUGUUAGUUGAGGGAGUGAAAAUUGCUAUUAGGCCGAAUAAAGGGGAGGAUGAGUUGAUUCAUAGGGAGGAGAUUGCGAGGGUGGUGAAGGAGUUGAUGGAAGGGGAGGAGGGGAAGGGUUUAAGGAAUAGGGUGAAGGAAUUGAAGGUGGAGGUGGCGGUGGCUUUGGUAGAAGGAGGGUCAUCUUAUAAGGCGCUUGAUGAAGUGGCCAAUAGGUGGAAAAGCCGUUCAGCGUAGAUAUGCUUUGUUCUUAAAUCUGCUUUUCUAUUCAAGUUUUGGUGGGAGGGAGAUGAUGCUGAGGAUGUGUGCAGAUCGAUCUUUCUUAAAAAUCAUAAUUUAUGUUCAUCUGUUGCUUGCUCUGUUUUGAUUGUCUAUUAAAUUGAAAUUGUAUGAAAGAUGAAGAACUGUGAUAUAUCCGGAGCCGCUCCGGUUAAGAA